GAGAAGAGGCAGCAGGAACGGAGAGGAGCGAUCAGCAGGGAAACGAUGCACCUGUACCAUCCCAUAGAGCUGCUGGGGACCAGCUGGAUGCUCCUGGCAGGGCUGCUGGUGCCUUUGCAACAGGCUGCAGAAGCAGAGAGAGCCCUGCCAAGAAGAGUGGUCGUGGUGGGAUCCUCCGUGCUGCUUGCUGGGCCAGCUGAUGCUGCGCACAUCCACUCUGCACAGUGGGAGUACCUCAAUGGCACCAUCUCCCAUGCCAUUGUGCAGUACGAUGAGGGGUCGCACGACGUGGCCAUCCACCCACCCUACGUGGGACGAGCCCUUUUCCAUCCAUCCAAUGGAUCUCUCCUCCUGGAGGACCUACAGGAAAGCGACAGUGGCAUCUACAAAGUGACCUUCAACCUGGCAGAAAGGGAGAGCCUGAAGAUCUUGCUGGAUGUUCUCAAGCCCGUGUCUCGCCCUCAGCUCUGGAGCAGUGGCCUGGUGGCCAAGGCCACCGGUGAGGUGCUCUGUGAGGUGGUGGAGGGCAGGGUGGACACCAUCACCUGGAAGAAGGACGGGCAGAUGCUUCCCCGGGGCAGAGGUUUCUACGUCUCCAGCAGCCUCAGCAUUUUGCACCUGAGGGCGGUGAAGAAGUCGGACUGCGGCUCCUACUCCUGCAACGCCAGCAACGGGAUAAGCUGGCAGGAGACCUCCCUGAACGUCACUGUUGCAGGUCUCUCUCCUCCCCUGAAGGAUAUGCUGAGGAUUGCAGUGGUCGCCGUGGUCUUUGCUGCUGUCUCGGGAUGGGGAUUAAUUUUUCCUGUCUGCCAGUCCGAAAAGCUGCGAAUAAGGGGGGAGCUGUGGCGGUGGCUCAGCGCCUACACCUGCGGGCUGGUCUGCAUCUCCUCCAUCCUGGCUGGCACUGCCGGGCUCCUCUGGAUGCGAGAAGAAGGCCCAUCCAUUGCCAUCAUAUUGCCGGAGAUUGUCCUUCUGUACGUGAUUGUGGUCACCUUCCUGGUGGCCGCCAACGUGACCUUCCAGCCUACAAAGCUCAUCCAGUUCAAAAGCACAACCGCACAGCGCACGAUGGGCUACGCGGCUCCCGGCGGGGUGCUCUUGGUGGUGCUGACGAGCAGCUUCCACAUAAAGAACAUCCACCAUCGCCACGAGGAUGGCUGCACGGCGUUUGUGGACGUGACAGCCCUCGCUGUGAGCACGGCGGCAGUGUCAGCCCUCCCGCUCCUCGCCAUCUUCCUCUGCUAUCACACCACACAGGGGUGGCAGAACGAACAUGACCCCGGCUGUGCCGACAAGGAAAGGUCCUUCAGGUCCUUUGAAAUGUCCCCGCCCAUCAGCAAGGAUCCUGUUCCCACCUGCUAGACAUUGAGGGUGUUUCACACUUGGCUGACUCAACCCAAUUUCUCCCCAACUUUGAGUCUCAGUAGGGCUGAGCCUCCAAUGUACUGAUGAUAAACAGCAAUUAAACGAAUCAUUUCUGCCUUUU